AUGCCAUUGAGUCGAGCAGAAAUACAGAAGGGGUACAGAGAAAGGAAGAAGGCCAAGGAGGGUGAAAGUUACCUCCGAAAGGAGAGAACAAGGAGAAUGAAAUAUUGUUCCCUCAGCAGAGUUGUCAACCAAGGAAAGAAAACGAAGAAACAAACAGAAUGCAGAGCGAAAGUUCAUCCCAAUGUAGAACUUUCCCUGGCUACAUUUUGCAGAAUGAGACCCAAACACAUACUUAACACGAGUAUGAUAUCUAGAAGCUGCUGCUUAUGUACAAAACAUCAAAAUAUGGCGUUACUGCUUCGGUGUCUGAAAAGUAACGGGAUCCAAGUACCAUUGAAUCCUGAAUCAUUUAUGAAGCAAACUGAUCAACCCAAUCUCCAAGACAAGCUACCAGAUGAUGUUAAAUACAGUCAGUGGAAAAGAAUCGAAGUCACAGAGAAGGGAAAGACAAAAAAUGUUACAAGAAUUGUAGAACUUAAUGCUGAAAAAAAAUUGUUCAUAGAAAGUUUUCAAGCACAAUUAAAAGAAUUUGAAAGUCACGUUUUUAGAGUUAGAAGACAAUAUCAGGAAAUAAAAAGUCUAAAGGAUAAACUGCCAAAGCAUCAUUUCAUUGUACAGAUGGAUUUUGCGGAAAACUAUUCUUGCAAAUCGAAUGAGGAAAUCCAAUCUGCAUAUUGGAAUAUGACUUCUGUAACACUUCAUCCGAUUGUGGUUUACUUUAUGAACACUGACAUGAAAUUGGAACAUCAAAGUUUUGUUGUUGUUUCAGAUGAACUGAGCCAUUCGGCAAUAACUGUACACGGAAUAUUGGAGAAGAUGAUCCCAAAGCUCAAAGAAAUAGAUGAAGAUGUUGAAAUGAUUCACUAUUGGACUGAUGGGCCAACCAGCCAAUAUCGUAACAAACAGGUUUUUUUCACUAUUGCUAACCACAAGGAAAUAUUCGGAGUACAAGCACGCUGGAACUACUUCGAAGCCGGGCAUGGCAAGGGGCCAUGUGAUGGUCUCGGAGGAACCACCAAGAGGAUGGCUGAUGAAGCGGUGCGCAGUGGUAGAACAGUUAUCCAACACGCUGAUGAUUUUUUUAAAUUGGCUGUUGAAUCCAACUUAAAAGGAAUCAAAUUUCUUUUUGUAUCCUCAGACGAGUGUAAAUCAGCUGCAAAUAUUCUGUCCGCGAGAAAUGUUAAGCCUCUUCAAGGUACAUUCAAAGUCCAUGCUGUAAUUGGAAAAGGAAAUUCCAUUGUAGCUUGGAAUGAGGUGAGUUGCCACUGUGACCAAUGUUUUUUGGGUGAUAAUCCAAACUUUGACCAUGGUUGGAAAGUACAAAGCUUGAAUAACCGAACCAAUAACCUUAAAAUAAACACAGGAGAGGAUGACAAAUUAGCGGAAGAAGCUGAUAAGGUAAUGGAACAACCACCAACUACAAAUGAACGCAAGAUUGAUCUUAUUGAUGGAGAAUAUGUUGCUGCAAAGUACGAUAGAACCUGGUAUAUAGCAAAGAUUCUACAAAUCGACGAUUCCGACGAAGUAGAGGUGACUUUCAUGGAGAGAAAAAAGCAACUUUUCCAGUGGCCAGCAAGAGAAAACAUCCUUUGGAUACCGGUUACAGAUGUUAUUUGUAAAGUCACAGAACCAGUGUACACAGGAAAAUCUAAAAGAAUGCUGAAACUUCUUCCUGAAGACAAGGAAAAAAUUCUGAAUUUGUUUCAAUGAUAUUGUGUGAAAUGUACGUUACAUAGCACGUUAAAUAUGUGCAUUAAGUGAUUGUUUAUACCAAACUAUCAUUGUUCAGAAUCAUUAAAAGCAUAUGCUACCAUUCAUUUAAAGUUUAAGCACGAUUAUUGAUCUUAAACAUUAUAAAAUGUUGCUUAUUUGUUUCUUUGUUAACGUACGUUACAAUUUUCAAAGUAGGUUAAUGUUUAUUUUAUACUUCUUGAUUUCAUUAAAAUUAUCAAAUAUGACAAAUUAUUCUCUGUGUUAUGUUCAUAUGCAUUCUGGGUAUUUACU